GCUCGAGUCCCGACUGCGCCCGCCUCCCCACUCACUAGGAUCUGAGACGCCGCGCCGCCCAGACGCCUCUAUUCCCGUCACUACCACCGGCCUCCCCUCGCUCCUGGGCAACGGUGCCCACAACGGCGAUAUGACAGAAUCUAACUGGUUCUCUAUUGUUGACCAUUUAAAGAUUAUCUCUGUAGCAUAUGAAGUGCUUCACUAGUCAUCUUUCUGCAAAACAUGUUUUAUCAGUACAUGCUCACUGUCAUGGAUACUCUAUCAGAAGCAAAUGGCACCUUUGCAUUAAACCUUUUGAAAAAGCUAGGGGAAAACAACUCAAACAACAUAUUUUUUUCACCCAUGAGCAUGUCGUCAGCCUUGGCCAUGGUUUUCAUGGGAGCGAAGGGAAAUACUGCAGCCCAGAUGUCUCAGGCACUCUCUUUUAGUAAAAUUGGAGGUGAAGAUGGAGAUAUUCACCAAGGUUUUCAGUCACUUCUUGCUGAAAUUAACAGAACUGGUACUCAGUACUUGCUUAAAACUGCUAACAGGCUCUUUGGAGAAAAGUCUUAUGACUUCCACACAUGUUUUACAGAUUCCUGUGGCAAAUUCUACCAAGCAAAGCUAAAACAACUUGAUUUCCUGAAUGAUACAGAGAAGUCCAGAACACACAUAAAUAACUGGAUUGCUGAAAAAACUGAAGGUAAAAUUACAGAGAUGCUCUCUCCAGAUUCAGUUGAUUCCUUGACUAAGCUGAUUCUCGUGAAUGCCAUCUACUUCAAAGGAAACUGGGAAAGUCAGUUUGUGAAAGAGAUGACCAGGGAAAUGCCUUUUAAAAUUAGCAAGAACAAAGAAAAACCUGUGCAAAUGAUGUUUAAGGAAUCCAUCUUUAAAAUGACCUAUGUAAGGAAAAUAUCCAGCCAAAUUCUAGUGCUUCCCUAUGUUGGAAAGGAACUGAAUAUGAUCAUUUUGCUUCCCAAUGAAAACACUGAUUUGAAAAUGGUGGAGAAAAAGCUUUCAUAUGAGAGAUUCAUAGAAUGGACAAACCCAGACAAGAUGCAUGAACAAGAGAUGGAAGUUUUCCUUCCUAGAUUUAAACUAGAGGAAACUUACAACAUGGAAGACGUCCUUCGCAGUAUGGGCAUGGUCGAUGCCUUUGAACAGGACAGGGCAGACUUCUCAGGAAUGUCAUCUAAGAAGGAUCUGUACUUGUCCAAGGUCACGCACAAGUCCUUUGUGGAGGUCAAUGAGGAAGGUACAGAAGCAGCAGCAGCUACCACCGAACAAAUAGUUUUAUGUUGUGCCAGUUACUCCCUCAGGUUCUGUGCAGACCAUCCCUUCCUUUUCUUCAUCCAGCACAGCAAAACCAAUGGUAUUCUCUUCUGUGGCCGGUUUUCGUCUCCAUAAGGACAUAGGUAGUCAUUGGAUAUAGUCCUUCUCUUUUCUCUUAGUGACCUACAUUUCCUCCACUCUUUAUAGUGUGCCUGUGACCCAAAGUGACUUUAUUAUUGCAGCAGUCAAAAAUGAGAUGUUAGGAAUCUAAUUUUGAAAUUCCUUGUUGAGAACCCUUGUGUGUGUGUUUGCAUGUUAAAUGUUUUCUAGAGUCUGAACUUGUCUCCAAGGAUUUUGUGGUCACUUUGCAGGUGGUAUCAAUGACCACUUAGUCAAACCCCUCUGCUUGAAAUGAGGUGUUACCCUCUCCCCACUGCCCACACCAAUAUAUUCCAUCUGUCAGAGCUA